AUGCGAGCCAAUAUUUUUUCGCGGCUCUUUGAAAGGGUGGCGGCUGUGCCCCACCGCAGCGUCACUGCAGUGCCGUACAGUGAGUGGUUUGGCCUCUACGUUGCAGCAUUACGUGCCGCACGUGGAGACGGCAAGUUGCAGCCGAAUAGCGCCGACUUGAAUGCGGCGAGACUGGCCGUGGAUGUGGCCCUUCUGAGCAGUGUCGUCUCGCAGAGCUGGGCAGACGUUGUUCUUCCCAAGGAUGGAAUAAGCAGCGGCACCUCUGCGGCUGCUGGGUGGUGGCAGGAAAACACCGUGGCGGCGUGGCUUAAUCCCUCACAAGGAAUUCGUGGACGGGAGCUAGUGACUACACCUUUCCUCGUGGAGACGCUCCUAUCUAGCCGUGCCAUCUCGUCGUGGACAGAGGCAGUGCGAGAAGGAGGGGCCGCCCCUAAUACGGCGGAGAAGGAAGACACCAGGGAGCAGAAGCAGAAGCACGAGGAGGAGAUAUCAACAGUGAAGGACGUCGUGUUGCUGCCAUUUACGGCGUUGUUUCAGUUGAGGUGCGAGGCACAUCCAAACCCGCAAAGCGCUGUGAACCGUGAGCAGCAACAGUCACUGCUCUCUCUUCAGGAGCGUACUGCCCGUCUAUCGGUUCUGUAUUUAAUAAACCAUCUUAUGGAUCUGCAGACAAGCAGUGACCGUAGGGCUCACGUGGAGUUUGCUGUCUGGAGCCCUGUGAAUGAGUUUGACGCCAUCAUGCAGCUGUCGCGGGUGCGGCAAAGCCUGCCAGAACCCGUGCGGAGCCUCUUCUCGCUGGCACAGGUAUGCGAGCACGAGACGGUGCGCACAGCCUACCUUGCGCACUACCUUUCGCUUUCCACGAGGGGGGCGCCGCUGACUCUGCUGGCGCCGCAGGCACAACAAACGGCGUUGCGGAAACUUGGCGCCGCAGCGGGCGGCUGUCUCAAGGAGCAAUCGGCGUGCGUGAAGGAAAGGCGGCGUCGCGGCGUUGCAUCAACGAAUGCGUCGCUGCACAAGCGGGCGGUGAAGAGUUGUGAGAAACUAGUGCGGCGUAUGUCCGCGCGAGAGGAAAAUCUGCGGCAUAUCCUCAUUCCCUGA